CGGAGGAGGCGGAGCUGGCUUGCCCCGGCUCCGAAGCGGAGCGCCAGCGGAGGAGUCGGUGCGGCAGGUCCUGGCGGCCGAGAUUCGGGCGCAGAGGCCUGAGAGGCUGGCAGGAGGCGGCAGUAGCGCGGGGAGAGCGGCGCCACGGGCUGGGCGCUCCCGGCGUGAGGCGUGCGCUCCAUGCGUGCGGGCCGAGUGCGGCCCCUGCGAGCCUCCGACAUGAAGAAAGACGUGCGGAUCCUGCUGGUGGGAGAACCUAGAGUUGGGAAGACAUCACUGAUUAUGUCUCUGGUCAGUGAAGAAUUUCCGGAAGAGGUUCCUCCUCGGGCAGAAGAAAUCACCAUUCCAGCUGAUGUCACCCCUGAAAGAGUUCCAACACACAUUGUUGAUUAUUCAGAAGCAGAACAGAGUGAUGAACAACUUCAUCAAGAAAUAUCACAGGCUAAUGUCAUCUGCAUAGUUUAUGCUGUUAACAACAAACAUUCUAUUGAUAAGGUAACAAGCCGAUGGAUUCCUCUCAUAAAUGAAAGAACAGACAAAGACAGCAGGCUGCCUUUGAUAUUGGUUGGGAACAAAUCUGACCUGGUGGAGUAUAGUAGUAUGGAGACCAUCCUUCCAAUUAUGAACCAAUAUACAGAAAUAGAAACCUGUGUGGAGUGUUCAGCAAAAAACCUAAAGAAUAUAUCAGAGCUGUUCUAUUAUGCACAGAAAGCUGUUCUUCAUCCUACAGGGCCUUUGUACUGCCCAGAGGAGAAAGAGAUGAAACCAGCUUGUAUAAAAGCCCUCACUCGUAUAUUUAAAAUAUCUGACCAAGAUAAUGAUGGCACUCUGAAUGAUGCUGAGCUCAACUUCUUUCAGAGAAUUUGUUUCAACACUCCUUUAGCUCCCCAAGCUCUGGAAGAUGUCAAGAAUGUGGUUAGAAAGCACUUAAGUGACGGUGUGGCUGACAGUGGGCUGACACUCAGAGGUUUUCUCUUUUUACAUACACUUUUUAUCCAGAGGGGGAGGCAUGAGACCACUUGGACUGUGCUUCGACGAUUUGGUUAUGAUGAUGAUCUGGAUCUGACGCCCGAGUACUUAUUCCCCCUGCUAAAAAUACCUCCUGAUUGCACUACUGAAUUAAAUCAUCAUGCAUAUUUGUUUCUUCAAAGCACCUUUGACAAACAUGAUCUGGACAGAGACUGUGCUUUGUCGCCUGAUGAACUCAAAGAUUUAUUUCAAGUUUUCCCUUACAUACCUUGGGGACCAGAUGUAAAUAACACAGUUUGUACUAAUGAGAGCGGCUGGAUAACUUACCAGGGAUUCCUUUCCCAGUGGACGCUCACAACCUACUUAGAUGUACAGCGUUGUCUGGAGUAUCUGGGCUAUCUAGGCUAUUCCAUACUGACGGAACAAGAGUCUCAAGCUUCAGCCAUCACAGUAACAAGAGAUAAAAAGAUUGACCUGCAGAAAAAACAGACUCAGAGAAAUGUAUUCAGAUGUAAUGUGAUUGGAGUGAAAGGCUGUGGAAAAACCGGAGUUCUUCAGUCUCUCCUUGGAAGAAACCUAAUGAGGCAGAAGAAAAUUCGUGAUGAUCAUAAAUCCUAUUAUGCAAUUAACACUGUCUAUGUAUACGGACAAGAGAAAUACUUGUUGCUACACGAUAUCUCAGAGUCGGAGUUUCUUACUGAAGCUGAGAUCGUUUGUGAUGUUGUUUGCCUGGUAUAUGAUGUCACCAAUCCCAAGUCAUUCGAAUACUGCGCCAGGAUUUUUAAGCAACAUUUUAUGGACAGCAGAAUUCCCUGCUUAAUUGUAGCUGCAAAGUCAGACCUGCAUGAAGUCAAACAAGAACACAGUGUCUCACCUACUGAUUUCUGCAGGAAACACAAAAUGCCUCCGCCUCAAGCCUUCACUUGCAACACUGCUGAUGCGCCCAGUAAGGAUAUCUUUGUUAAGUUGACAACGAUGGCCAUGUACCCAGAGGAUCAUUACAGAGGCAGCCUCUCCCGAGACAUGGGCAGCACUGAUAGAAUAGAGAAUUUGAGAAAAAUCUGGGUCUUUCUAAAAACUGCUUUCCAUGCCCGGUUACGCUGUAUGUGCACCUGCAACAGGUGCACCUUUUGCAUCUGUCAGAACCUCCUCAACUCAGACUUGCUGCAAUCUGUAAAGAACAAAGUCUUCACUGCAGUUCUUAACAGGCACGUGACACAAGCUGACCUCAAGAGCUCAACAUUCUGGCUUCGAGCAAGCUUUGGUGCUACUGUCUUUGCAGUCGUGGGCUUUGCUAUGUACAGAGCACUAUUGAAACAGCGAUGAUUAAGAUCAAGAACCGGCCUCACACACACACACACUUCUAUGUACAUCCUGAAUGCUUUAAGUUCUGCUAGAGACACUGAGAUAUUUAUACAUGCAGAGUUACUUUAUUAAUAUUAGUAAUUCAUGCAUAAGAGUAUUUUACUCAUAGUAAUGACUGCAGUAUUGGCUGGCAUGUGGAAAGAAAACAUCUUAGUAGCCAAAUAUAAAUGGCUAAGUUUCAAAGGCCAAAAGGGAAUAUUCUGUAAAUAAUGUAAAUAUUCAAGCAAGAUAUGGUCUCCUGAACCGACUUCUAGAAAUGGUGUUUCCAGACAUUUCUCCAGUACUGUUGUGUGGCCCACCUGCUAGGUUCAGUCCCAGGGGUUGUGUUUACUCAGGUAUCACACGUUAUUUCAAGGGGACUCAGAAUGAGCCUUUGGCUUCUAUAGCCAUUUCUUUCCACUUUUAAGAUCACACAGGAGUCAAGGUCAGCUUUCCAAAACCACUCUGUUUCCGUCACUGUGGUAGGCCGGCAUUAAAGCCAUCAUGAAACCUAGAAAGUUGUGGAGCUGAGUAUGUGGCUGAGGACCUGAGGCAGAAACAGGUAGAGGAGGUUACCCGUGUCACCACAUUGCUUCUUUGUCAGAGUGUGGAUUUUAUAGCCCUUUCAGUCAAAUGGGGAAAACAAUUUGUAUAUUAUCAAUGUUUUUAGUUCUAUUAAAGAAGCCACCCUGACCACCGCUGACUCUCACCCAGAGUGAAAACCGUCCUAUAAUGGCUGUGUCUGUGUAGUAUAUUGCCGUAGCUGCAUGUGUCAUGAAGUGUUCUAUAUCUGGCCAGGAUAACCUAGAGGCAACAUUUUUUAAUGGUAAAAUAAAUCUAAUGAAUAUAAACUCUCACAAUAAACCUAUUUUUUCCAUCAUCGACCUUUUCAAGUAUUUAAAUAAAUACCUACUGUGUACUGUGA